UGGGUUUUCAAAAAAAUAAAUUCGCGUGUGCUCUUGAGUGAAAGGAGGAUUUAUGACUAAGAAACAGACUAAUAGGCCUGUAGAUUUUGUGGACCGUGUCACUUGUGUGAAAAGACGAAACUGAAUUAAAAACAAAGAAAAAACCCACAUUAAGACAUGUCUGACCCAACACCGGAUCGAAACCCACCUAUAAAAUACAAACAGAUUUUUAUCAACAAUGAGUGGCAUAACUCGGUCAGUGGAAAAGUCUUUCCUGUAAUCAACCCAUGCAAUGGAGAGAAAAUCUGUGACAUACAAGAAGGUGAUAAGGCCGAUGUUGACAAGGCUGUUGUGGCAGCGCGGGCUGCAUUCAAGGCCAACGCCCCCUGGCGGACAAUGGAUGCAUCAAAGAGAGGAAAACUCAUCAACAAAUUCUGUGACCUGCUUGAAAGAGACCUGUCCUACGUUGCUAACUUGGAAACGUUGGACAAUGGCAAGCCAUUUCUUGAUGCGGUUGACGAUGUCCGAGCAACUGUUGAUUUCUUCAGGUACUUCGCCGGCUGGUGUGACAAGAUCACUGGAAAGACUAUUCCAGUCGAUGGAGACUACAUGACCUUCACCCGACAUGAGCCAGUUGGUGUUUGUGCCCAAAUUAUUCCUUGGAACUAUCCGGUGGCCAUGUUGUCAUGGAAAUGGGCCCCGGCCCUGGCGUGUGGCUGCACCGUUAUCCUGAAACCAGCCGAACAGACCCCCCUCUCCGCCCUGUACUGUGGAGCCCUGAUUAAGGAGGCUGGGUUUCCUCCUGGAGUGGUCAACAUCGUCCCUGGUUAUGGUCCGACAGCAGGGGCAGCUCUGAGUGAACACAUGGACGUGGACAAGAUCGCCUUCACUGGGUCCACAGAGGUUGGUAAACUGAUCAUGCAGGCUGCAGGGAGGAGCAAUUUGAAGCGGGUCAGCCUGGAACUCGGAGGGAAGAGUCCACUCGUUAUCUUUGCCGAUUGUGACUUGGACAUGGCCGCAAUGUGGGCACACGGUGCAAUCAUGAACAACCAUGGACAGAACUGCUGUGCUGGGUCAAGGACGUUUGUACAGGACAGCAUCUAUGAUCAGUUUGUGGAGAAAGCUCGAACCAUGAGUGAAAUGCGUCAAGUGGGAGAUCCGUACGAUGCCAUGACACAACAGGGGCCACAGAUUGAUGAGGCUCAGUUUGAGAAGAUUCUCGGUUUGAUCGAGAGCGGUAAGAAAGAGGGAGCUAAGCUGGAGUUUGGUGGAGCACGAGUUGGGGAGAAGGGCUACUUCAUUCAGCCGACAGUAUUUUCGAACGUCACUGACAACAUGAGAAUAGCCAGGGAGGAGAUCUUUGGGCCUGUGCAGAGUAUUAUCAAGUUCAAGGACAUGGAUGAAGUGGUAGAGAGAGCCAACAACACGUCGUAUGGACUGGCCGCCGGGGUGAUCACCAGCGACAUCGAUAAGGCCAUGACGUUUGCUCAGAGAGUGCAGGCCGGCAGUGUGUGGAUUAACUGUUACGACAUUGUAACUCCUCAGACUCCAUUUGGAGGCUUCAAGCAGUCGGGCCACGGAAGAGAAGUGUACGGGUGAAUAUGCACUGAAAGAAUACACAGAAAUAAAAACGAUCACCAUUAAAGUUCCAAAGAAGAACUCGUAAGAGACACUGUGCACUGUAUGCUGAUUUCAACUGUGAAUGGAUGCAAAAUAAUCAGAAGAAGAAAAAAAUGUACGCACGAUAAUAUGACUUUGAUUGCCUAAAUAUGUCAAUUUACUUUUAAGAAGUAUUUCAUUUUUUGGUUACACUAUAGAUAUUCUUCUUUUUUUUUUUUUUAAUAAAGUAUUUCUAUAAUAUCAAUAUUUAUAUACCAUUCUAUUAUAUUCUCAAGUUUUAUUCAGUAAAACUGAUUUUGUUUUCCUGUUAAACAGUGUUUCUUUUGAGACAAAAUAUUAAUAUAAUGUAACUUUUAUACUUCUGUAAUUACACUAUUUCUGUGAUAAGAAUAUUUCUUUGCCAUUUUGUUGUAUUAUCAAGCUUAGUCAGUAAAACUGAUUUUAUUUUCCUGUUAAGUAGUAUUUCUUUUCAGACACAACAUCUAUAUUUUUACAAAUAUAUUUCUGUAAUAACAAUUUUUGUAUGAUACAGAUAUAUCUAUUAGUGAUGUUCCAAUGAUCGAUUACAAUUAAAAAUAGAUUGGUUCGGUGUGAUUAUGGAUUACACAACACCAUACUCGAAUGUGUGAGAAUACAUUAACUGUAAUUGUUCCUCUUGUUUAGAUGAUGAAAUUGAUGUAAAUAUGUUGGGGUUGGUGUUUGUUUUCAUGAGUACAUGAAGAGAAAAGGUAUUAAACAGCUGAUCAAGGAGUUUGUGAAGGGGGAGGGGUACCAGGUAAGAUGGGAGAUUUUUGAACGGGAUGGUGUCUUUUUCCCUUGACUUCUACCCCAAAAAGGAGUGUGCCCCUCAGUGCCUCCCCCCGGAUAAAAUUAGCAAUUUGUAGGGUGUGUCCUGGUGAACACGACAAUAGGUGUUUGGUGCUUAUAAUUAAAAUUCUUCAUAUGUUUGUAUAAUUUUAACCGAUUGUGUAAUCGAAAGUUGAUCUGUAGUAGUGAAAAACGAUUAUAGUCGAUGAUAAAAUCCCAAUCAAUUUCCAACACUAAUAUCUAUGACAUUUUAUUAUAUCCACAACCUUUAGUCAAUAAAUCUGUGAUUUCAUUUUUGAUUUGAAUAGCGUGCUAGGUUAGUUGUGUAUUAUCCCAAUAGUGUUCCCAAAACUGUAUCUUUCAUUUAAUGGUUAUUAUGGGUUAUUUUCCGUAUACAUGUAUUUUACUUUGUUUGACAAUUAGUAGACAAUAUAUUUUUCAUUCUGGGAUGUUCUUUAACUUAAUUCAUUCAUUUAUUUAUAAUAAAAGUUAUUUUAUUAUCUGUCAAAUCAUGUUUUUGAUAAAGGUAUGAUCUAAUUGUAGGACUCGCAUACUAGCAACCGAUGGUCACCAUGCCAAAGGCUGUUGGUUCAUAGAUCAUGUAAAAAUGACAAAACAAGACUAUGGACAGAUAUAUUCCCAUAGAUUAUUAAUCUAUGCUGGGAUAUAAUACUCUUUUAAAUAUAAAAUCUGAAAUGAUCUUUAAAAAGCUGAAAAUAUUAAAAGUUAAUAAAGGUAACAAAAGUUUCAGCAAUGAAGUUUUGACAAAUGGAGGGCUGCGAACAGAAAUAUUCCCCUAGAUUAUUAAUCAGUUAAUCUAUACUGGGAUAUAAUACACCAGGGAACAAUAUUUCAAAAUCUUAGGUAACCGGAAGUAGGUUCACGUGAAUUUUACUUAGGUUUACUUAGGUAACCGAACAGUCGGUUACGUGAAUGUAGUUCUUGUAACCGACAUUUUAGAAACUUAAAGAAAAUUCUCUUCUUAACUGUUUAAGGAGUUUUAGACUAUUAACUACUCAGUUGCCCCCCCCCCCCCCCCCCCCCCCCCCCCCCCCCCCCCCCCCCCCAAACAAAAAAUCCUAGCUACGGCCCUGAGACCUACAUGUACCUAAUCGUAAAACACUUGAACCAUGGUUCUGUGCUACACUGGUGCAUCAAAUGUAUUAAAAAAACAAACAAUGAUUUUCUAUUUGACUUCUGAUAGGAUACUUUUAAUUUUAGAAAUAAAUUUUUUCAACACGUAACCAAUUGGCGGUUCACGUGAUUUUAAAGUGGCAUAACCGACACAUGAACAGAACAACGGUUCUCGUGAAAUAUUGUGCCCUGAUACACUUUUAAAUAUAAUAUCUGAAUGUGAUCUUUAAAAAGCUGAAAAUAUUAAACGUUUAUAAAGGUAAUUUUUUCAGCAAUGCAGCUCAGUUUACUGGGUUGGAUUUAGCUUGGUCACUAUAGAAUUCACAUGAAAUGUUUGGGUCAUUGGAUCAAACUCCUUGCCGAACCCAUUGGGUUUUCUGUCCCAAUCAAUGCUAGUAUAUCAAAGGUUGUAGUAUGUGCUGUCCUGUAUGUCAGAAAAUGCUAAAAGGCCCCUUGUUGCUAAAGGAUAAAAUAUAGCAAGUUUCUUGUCAAAGUUCUUACAGAAUUAUUGAAUGUUUGACAUCCAUUAGCGAAUGAAUGAUUUCACUGUGCUGUAAUUGUGUACAAUUUAGUUUAAAUUAUUAUCUAGGUUUGGGGAUGAAAACUAAUUUUAUAGCCAAAUUGUUGAUUACAUUUGUUGUUUUUUUCUUAUUGUUAUCUUUACAAAUGUUUUUGUACUAUGUAAACUUAUGAAAAUAAAGGUUACUUCUUUU